AUGUUUUUCGGCGAGGAAUUGGUAGUAGAUUGUAGGCUCCUCCCGGUCAACGCCCUAAAGCUUUUGGGCGAUCGCAAUAUCAGCCGUAGGAGGGAGGGGGUCAGUAUAGUUGAAAAUACACUACGCGACUACCGCGCCGCAAAGCCUGGCGGUUUAAAAGACGAUCAAGAGGUUAAUAGGUUGCUGGACACAAUCAAGAAGUCUUUACUCGACCACUCCGUUCCUUCAUACAGAAAUGGCGGAUUAUUGUGCAUGGCCUGCGUUUCUCUGGCCUUGGAGGAUGACAUUGAGCACUACUCAUUUACUAUUAUCAGCUUAAUACUUAAAGCGUUUUCUGACCACGAUUCAAACGUCAGAUAUUACGCCUGUGAAGCACUAUAUAACAUCGCAACAUGUGCCAAGAAAAUGGUAAUGGAAAUGUUUGAGCAGGUGUUUGAUGCCCUGUGCAAACAAUGUUCUGAUAUUGACAAUAAUGUCAGAAAUGGCGCGUUUUACCUGGACCAACUGCUCAAGGAUCUGGUAUGUGAAUGUCAAGAGCCUCCGACACUGGCAAUUUGUACCAUUUUGGCAUCGAAAAUGCACUUAUGCAAUUCACACAUUAGACAGCUAAUUAUCACUUGGAUUAUGGCAUUGAACAAUGUACCCGCAAUGAAUCUGAUGUCGCACCUUGGUAUCAUUUUAGGUGGUUUAAUAAAUAUGCUUGCAGAUAGCAACCGCGAUGUGCGUAAUGCUGCAGACGAUUGUUUGACAUAUUUCCUCGGAGAAAUUAAAAAUGGCAGCCAGUAUUAUAUAUUGGAGGAUGUAUUACAUGUGUUGGUACUUAACUUGAAGCGCAAAGAACCCUCUAUACGAUUAACUUCGAUCGUUUGGGUACAUGAAAUCAUGUGCAACAAGCCACAUAUAGCCUCUCAUAGCCUGUUUCCCACCCUACUGGACUGUGUUCUAUAUUGUAUUGCGGAUGGAAAUGAGGAAAUUAGGGAAAUUGCUCAGGGAACUAACAAGUUGAUACUUGACAAUUCCAAUGUGUUUGACAUCAAGGAUGAAAAGGAACUUGCUAAUAUGCUUUUAAUAUGGAUGCGUAAGUGCGAUCAGCAAGCAUCAAUACUAGCUAGUCUGGAUUGGUUGCUUUUACUAAUUUCCAAAAGGCCAAUGGAUCUAAUGCCUAUAAGUGAGGAAAUGGCGGCCAGUGUGCUCGAGUGCUUGAAAUUGGAGAAUCAUGCUGUUAUGCUUAAGUCGCUAGGCGUGUUAGCAGAGAUUGCUAAAUUUGGACAGAAUUACAUCUUCUUGGUAGUGCAACAGUUACUUUUUCUCUUUCGGGAUAACAGGAACCUGCUGAAAAAAAAUGGUAAAGAUACAUUCCAGAAGCUUUGCUCCCUGCUGGACCCCCAGCAAUUGUACGAGAUUCUAGCAGAUUGCGUCCUGAUUGAGGGGGACCUGAGCUACGUCCACCAGUUAAUACACGUCUUAAAUUGGACCCUCCUCACCACAAGGGAAACAGUGGCACUGAGAAAUCACUUGUUGACUGACCAGCAUUACGCUACCAAGAUUUUCAAGUCAUGGUUUAACAACCUGUGCUCUGCACUAUCUUUGUCCAUAUGGACAGAAAAGUACGAAUUAUCGUGCGAGAUCGUCAGGCAAAUAAGUUCUAUUGUGCCUUCGUCUGGGUUUAUGUCGCAGUUGGAUCGCUUCGUCCAUUUGCUCGAGUCCCCUAUAUUUAUUAAAACGCGAUUGCAUCUUCUUCACCCUAGGAAGUAUCCCAGUCUCUUACAGUCGUUGCUGGGUCUAUCAAUGAUUUUAACACAAAACCAAACCAACAAGCUCCUAAUCCAAAGGCUAUCUGUUGCGCAGUUGUGCCUAGCAGACUGCAAAAAUAAUGACAGUUCCAUUGAGAUUAAGGUUGAAAAUAUGCAGCAGCUCAAAAUGGAGCUGGAGAGUGUUAUCCAGAGACAUAUUGAAUACCUGAAUGAUCAUACGUAUGAAACUUGUAAUAGAGUCGCUAAACUGUAA